UUUGAGAAGUAAAAGGAUCUGAAUCAGCAAUGUCUCUUAAAAUCGUCUUAUUACUUCCACUCUUUUCUCUUCUCUUUGUCCUACCAGACGCAUCAUCACCCUCACCCACCAUAUGCAUCAUCGGCAGUGGGAUCGCUGGCUCUUCUUUAGCCCACUUCCUCCGCCGCUACUCACCAUCAUCCGCCUCCCCAAUCCUCAUCUUCGAAAGAAAUGGCGUCGUGGGAGGCCGCAUGGCGACUGUCACCAUCUCCGGCGAGACCUUCGAGGCGGGCGCCUCUAUUCUCCACCCAAAGAACUACCACGCCUCCAAUUUCACUCAUUUGCUUAACUUAAAGCGGAAGCUGCCUCCCAGUUCCGAGAGCUCCCUCUCUCUGGGGAUUUGGGACGGCAAGAAAUUUGUUUUCAAAACCAUCAGUUUUGACUCUAACAUUCCUCUUGUGCAAAAGAUGGUCUCUUUUGCUAAUGAGAUUUAUAUGUUCAUGCGCUAUGGAUUCUCACUUCUGAAAAUGAGCAACCUCGUGGAGGUUACUGUAAACAAGUUCUUGAAGUAUUAUGAGAGCUUUGAAACCAGACCCAUUUUCAAGACUGUAGAUGAGAUGCUUCAGUGGUCUGGUUUGUAUAACCUCACUGCUCAAACUUUGCUCGACGAACUCGUGGCUCUUGGAUUGUCUCCUUUGUUGAUACAGGAACUUGUCACUGUCAUUACAAGAAUUAAUUAUGGUCAAAGUGUGUACAUCAGUGGACUUGCAGGAGCAGUUUCCUUGGCCGGGUCUGGUGGAGGAUUAUGGGCGAUUGAAGGAGGGAAUUGGCAGAUGGCUAGUGGACUAAUUAAUAGCUCAAAUGUUGAAUUACACCUCCAUGAAGAAAUACAUUCUAUCUCUUACCUAGGGGAGUAUUAUGAGCUCAACUCCACAAAAGGAAGAAGUUAUAAGUGUGAAGUCGCAGUUGUUGGCACACCACUUGAUGAAUUGAAUAUUCAAUUUUCACCUCCAAUUUCUCUUCCCGAGAGGCAUUUACAGCACACGCAUGCUACUUUUGUGAGGGGCCUCCUAAGUCCUGCAUAUUUUGGCCUGAAAGCUGUUUCAGAUAUUCCACAACUUGUGGGCACAAUAGAGGAUCCUGAACUUCCAUUCUCGAGCAUUUCCGUCCUUAAGCAGCACAAUGAGACAGAUAUGAUUUACAAAAUUUUCUCUCGGAAACCAAUGCCCGAUUCACUACUCGAUAGCAUUUUUAGUACGAGGAAAGAGACGAUAAGAAUGAACUGGGGUGCUUACCCUCAUUAUAAAGCUCCUGAAGUAUUUUCGCCCUUUAUUUUGGAUGGUCAUCAUUUAUACUAUGUUAAUGCUUUUGAGAAUGCCGCUAGCACCAUGGAGACAAGUGCUGUUGCAGCUGAGAACAUAGCACGGCUUAUCUUGUCCAGAAUUUCCGGCAAGGCAUGCUUGAGUUCAUCAGCCUUCAUGAACUCUUGUCCUGAUGGAGAGGCAUUGCACUCAGAUGUGUGACUGAAAAGAUUAUGUUAUUGUAUUUAUAAGAUAAAAAGGUGUAAGAGUUCUUCACCUUGUACAAAAAGCUCUUGAAAAACUUAAGUGAAUUCUUUUCGGAUAUAAGUCUCAAAAUCCAAUGAAAGAAAAUCAUUGUACAAAACAUUAGACCAACUUACUAAUUCUAUAAUUUUGCUGUGAAAAAAAAUAAAUAAUAGUGGAUUAUGUUUUCUAAUAA